GAUUUUUCAAGUUAGUGUAAAAAUAUUUCUUUCUUAUUGCCGUUUUUCGACCUUCGUCUUCAGCGAGACGUCACGUGAUUAAAAAUUUUACGCUUUAAAUAAAUUCCGUGCAUACUUCCUUUUAAUAAAUCAUACGCGGGAUAUAGCAAAGCACGUACAAUACCUAAAGGAAACUGUUGCUUUCGAAUUUCGUUAAACCAAAAAAGUAGAAUUUAAGUUUCAAAUAAUAUUUGAAACGGUAUUUUGUAGUUUUCUUCUUGAAGAAAAUAAUUUGCGUCGGAAUAAGGAAACAAUAAAUUCAGAAUGGAUUUAUCAUCAAGCGGGACAAAACUAAUACUUUUUCUGACAUUUUGUGUAAUAUCAUCUGGACAAAUACUAACUGAGGCUAACAUUGAUAGUCCAUAUCGUUAUGAACAUAAUGACGAGUUAAGAGAAGACACACAAGUAUCUGGUGAUGUAUACAUCAUUGACAAGCUGAGCUCAGAAAAUGUACUAGCUGUCGAAGAACUCCUUCAAAAUGUCGUGAAUACAAACAGCAAGGUCUUUGUCAAGAUUGCAGGUCACGGCAUCAGUAUCAUCAGGGACUUACGUGAAAUGUCAGAUGUUUUCAAGUACACAGAUGAUCAAAGAAAACACAAUAUUGUUGACGAUAUUCUUGACGUUCUACAAAUGGCAGAGAAAAGAAUCCAUAUUUACAUUAUAACGGAGAAAGGAUCAAAUGUGGCAGAAGGUACAGAAGCCCAGAUGUUGCUCCUAAAGGAGAGAGACCUUCGAAUUGACAUCCUCCAUCUACAUGACCGUAAUUAUGAUACUCGCCAGAGAAGACAAAUAAACUUUUAUCAACUACUUGCAAAUGUCUCCGGCGGCUCCGUUAUACAGACAAACAAACAAAAUAUUGGAUCAGCACUAAAUUUGUUAAAGCAAAGUAUUAAGACAUCUUUGGUGCAUGUCAUGCGAUUUUCGGACACUUCACCACCUGGAAAACAGUUCAGGAUACCAGUGGAUGAGACAAUGACGCAACUAAUAUUCAGAGCCCAAGUUGAAAGAUCUAACCCGAUUAUAAUUGCCAUGACUCCUUCAGGCAUACCUUCUCCAAAUCGACCACAAUUACUCGGUAAAGCAAGCGCUGGAACCGUAGUAGGGUUACUGGAAACAAAUCUUUCCAAGCCAACAGAUUACGGUACAUGGAAGAUUUCCAAACUUGACGCAAAUUUAUGGGACAUUAAAGUGGAUGGCCAGAGUUCUGUAGAUUUUACUCACGAGUUUCUUGAACCAGGCCCUGGGGGAUUUGGUGAAUUUCCAAUAAAUGGACGGCCUAUUGUUGGUAAAACCUACAAGUUGUCUAUAACAGUACCGGAGUAUGCUAAGGUCAAGACCGUUGCAAUGGGCAUGCUAUUUAACAUCGGACAAAAUACACCUAUAGAUAUGAAACCGCUAACGAAUGUCGGAGGAAGACGAGGAAAGUCAAUGUUUCAUGCGCAGUUUGCGAUUCCUACAAAGAACUUCAUGGUUGGCAUUGAAGGCCGGGAUAAAUCAGGACACAUGUUCCGGCGGAUUGAUACCAUACUUAUUACACCAAUUAGCCUUAAACUUAUCAUGCCUUCCCUCACAGGGCUUAAGUUUUUUCAAAAUGAAACACUGACUAUACCGUUCACUGUUGUAAAUGAAGGUUCUAAAGAGCAAGAUGUAGACGUGAAAAUUGAAGACGAUAAAAAGUUUGCCCAAGCUCCUCACAUUUUGUCAGCUACGAUCAAACCAGGGCAAAACUUUACUGCAAAAUUUGUAAUCAAAGCAGGACUUACUGUGGGUGAAACAACGACGGUGACAGUGACAGCUAAACCAUAUCUUGGACCACGUCAGUUCUCACAAGGACAGUUUGAAAUCAGGCGGUUUACGGUUUUAGAUAAGAAUCUUACGACCACUACAUUAACCACGCCGACGACUACUACAACUUCCACUACCUCAGCUUCAACAACUUCUACUCAAACUACUCUCACUACAUCAGCUUCGAUGUCCACCACAGUAGCUACUACGUCGGCACGAACUACCAAAAGUGUGGUUUCAACAACACAACCGUUAACAUCAGUAAACACCAAACCAACGCCUGGUUCCUCAUCACAGUCACCAGCCAAAAGUACAACAGCAACAACAGCAAAGUCAGUGUCAACCACCACCUCAGCAACUUCACUGUCUUCUUUAAAAUAUUCUGUAUCUGCUGCAUUUACAGGUCCAACGGUAAAACAAACUGGAUCUGUUUCUACAGUUUCUUCUACAACACUAUCAACAAAACCUACGAAGACUGUGGCAAAAAUGGCCUCUUCAGUAACACCGUCAGCAAUCAGCAAAUCUUCAUCUUCAGCAUCGACAUUAAAAAGUCGGGUUACAACAAAAACUACAGUAUUGCCACCAGCAGCUACAAUCACAACAACAACAACAAAAUCUAACAACGACAAGAAAUCUGACAACACAGAUCUUCCUACGACAUCGAUAGUUGUUGGUAUUUCUACUGGUGCCCUUGUGGGUGUUGCUGCUAUUGGAACAAUGGCUCUGUUAUUUAGAAGAGCGAUGAAGAAGUCGGGGAAGUCAGUGGAGCCAAGCAAGGAGACGCUGUAUGACAGGAGAAGGCAAAGUAGUCUGGCAUGGACUUAAUCCUUCCAUAGAAACAUAACGUUUAUUUCUGAACAUACAUUAUAAACAAAGUUUCGAAUUCAUUAUUCAUAUAAUCCGAACAAAAUGUGAUAAUAGUGUUGAAGCAUGUACCUAUAUUGGAUUUCUGUGACGACUUACAGUAUAUCCAAAUACUAACUUCAUUUCAUUCUCCACAAUUUCCAUAUGCAAACACCCUUGUGAGCAUGACAAGAGCACCAUAAUUCAUGUUGGCAAAGACUUCUAUGGCGGAUAGAUAAGUUAUUAAAUUACUAUAUAAGCUAACACGUUUUAUUGGCUGAUGCUCGUAAAACAAUAUCCUAGACUUCUACAACAAAACCUACCUGGUGUGCCGUUUUAACAGUGACACGGAUAAUUCAAUGUACUUCUUCCAUAAAAAAAUGCAACCAUCACAUAACUCUGAACAUGUGCUAAAAUAUCUGUCGUACUUUCUGAGGCAUAAUUUAUUUAUUGUACAUAUUUUAUUUUGAAAUAUAUCUUUACAUCUGUUACAGCUCAUCAUUGUUUGGAAAAUAAAUUUUCUUGUUUCUUUGA